AUGACAGUGGCAGGGGAAGAACAUUUAAAACUGUUAUCUGCAAAGAAGGAUUUAUACGAAGAAAUAGUGAAAAGGGGAGAAGUUCAAAGCAACUGUAAUAGUCAGACGGAUAGGGAUCAUGCUAAGACUGAAAUAGGAAGGUACCUUAACCUCAAUGCGCACGCAGAUAAAAUUGUAGGGGCAUGGUGUCAUAUACAUGGGAAUAACCGAAUCACGAGGUCAACGGAUGACCGUUGUUAUUUCUUUUACUACUGGUUAGGUGAUAUCCUAUCCAACCAUUUGAAAGAUUCUAACUCAUUUAAAGACGUCAUGGGAGAAAUUUACAAGGAACUGCUGAAACCAGGUCUUGGAACUGUUUGCCAAUUAUUAUGCCGGGAUAUUGACAUGGAGAACUUCAAAACAAAGAAAAUAAUAUAUCAUUAUUCUAAAGACCGCGCAUUUAUUGAAAUGUACUUAGAGAGCAGUAGCAAUUCCUGUAAGUUAGAAUUUUCAGAUCAUCUGAAGCACAUUGUUUCAGCCUAUGAGACUGUACAUGGCGAUUGUAAGGACAGUAUGAGUAGUAAUUGUUGUAAACAAUUUCAGGACAUAUAUACAAAGAACGAGAAUAAAGCAACGUUAGAAUUAACAUGCACAGUGCAGCCUACUCCAAAAAAACCAUCUGCUGGAGAUGACUUCGACCUUGGCGACGCCGUCGUAGAUGGUGGAAAUGACGAUCCACCACCACCACCGAAACUUAAACCAAAUCCGAAUCCAAAUCAAGCUGGAAGCAGCGGUUCCUUUUCGGAUGCCGAUUUAGCAGAUGGUGUCUCUGGUGGAGAAGGAAAGGGAGGGAGUGAUGGUGGUGGUAGUCACAGAAAAGAAGGGGAAGAGUCUGGUUCUAGCAGCAUCGUCCCUGCUGCUGUGUCAGGUGCAUUAGCUGCAGUAGGACUUCCUGCCUUAGCAUUCCUUUUUUACAAGUACAAAUCACACCUCUUCUUCCUUAAUAAACAUAACCACUCUGGAAAUGGAGGAAGCAGAAGUAAAAGGUUCGCCAUUAGGAGAGAAUUCAACAGGUUCUCAAACGACGACGACUAUACGGAGAACGACUCAACAACGGAAUAUGAUUCAACUAAUUCGUCAGAAUAUUCCAUUCCAUACACUACUUCAUCAUCCAGAUGA